CCUGGACUGGUCGCCAGCCAAUCGCAGAGUUUAUGCAGAGCACGUCCUUCUCUGGUACCAUUGAUUCAAGUGGGAAAUUUAGGCUUUAUGGGCACAUCAGUCAGUAUUACAGUACUACAGUUAACGUUGUAACUCUGCAUUUAGCCGUUGAACGGCAGUAGUGUACCACAAGAUAGCACUGCCCUACAUUUUCCACCAACGAAGAAGAAGCACGGGAAAAGUUAAAGUGUCCCAACAUGGCGGCCGCGGCUCUUAGCUGCCAAGCCGAGCCAAGCCUGAGCUAAACCGAAGAACCGAACCUGCCAGCGGGUGACUUUCAUGUCCGUUUACGGUCCAUGGACGACCCGGACUGGGUGGGACCGUGAGCUUUGAGCCCGAAGCCGCAUGGCGUCCACCCAAACCCGGAUAGGCCAUCAGGCCUUGGUGGUGCUCGAUGUGGCUCUGCGGGUCCCGUGUAUUUUUAUUAUCGACGCGAUUUUUAACUCGUACUAUGACCCCGGGCCGGGAUGGGCUGGUACCGUCGGAACCGGCUUGCUCCGAGUUAUGGGUGUGCUGGUCUCCGCCGUGGUUCUGCUCCUAUCGCAAAAGGCCCUGUUCAAGUUCUACUCCCUUUUCCUGGCCGUGGCGCUGGCCGCGGCGGCCAUCCUGAUCAACUACCACGCCGCCACCCAUCCGGACCUGUAUGGAGCCUACUAUAAAACGGCGGGUUUCCGGCCGCCACGAAAGGGGCCGGCGCCGUGGCUGGCCCUGGUGACCGUGCAGCUGGCGUUGGGCGUGGGUUACGUCUACCUCCUGGGCCUGCGCUCGACGCAGGCGUCGCUGGUGAUCCUGGACGUGACUGUGCCGUCGUGGGGGAUGAUGAUGGAGCUGCCCCCGGACACGCGGCGCACGGCGGCCAUCUUGUCGGGCGGGGUCCUGGCGCUCAACACGGCGGCGUGCCUGGCAGCACGCCUCAAACAUUUCUACUACUCGUGUCGAUACGUGUACCUGCUGGUGCGUCACAUGUACCGCAUGUACGGCCUGCAGCUGCUGCUCAAGGACACCUGGAAGAGAAUCCGAUUCCCGGACGUGCUGCGGGUCUUCUGGCUGAGCCGCGUCACGGCCCAAGCGCUCAUCCUGGUGUAUGUGGUGCGGGCCGUGCGGCGGGAGAGCGAUGAUGGGAGUUUGGACUCUCAGGUUCAACCGCUGAGCUGGGACGUGUUUUGGGACGUGACGAGCAACCUGAUCAUCUCCGGCUGCGACUCCACGCUGACCGUUCUGGGCAUGAGCGCCGUCAUCUCGUCGGUAGCGCACUACCUGGGCCUCAGCAUCCUCACUUUCAUUGGUUCGACGGAGGAGGAGGAUAAACGUUUGGGCUUCGUGGCCCCAGUGCUCUUCUUCAUCCUGGCUCUGCAGACGGGCCUUAGCGGCCUGGACCCCGAGGAGCGCCUGGUCCGGCUGAGCCGCAACAUGUGCCUCCUGCUGACGGCCAUCCUGCACUUCAUCCAAGGCAUGACGGACCCGGUUCUGAUGUCGCUCAGCGCCUCUCACGUGUCGUCAUUCCGCCGCCAUUUUCCCGUGCUGUUGGUGUCGGCGGCGCUUUUCGCGCUGCCCGUGGCGCUCAGCCACAUCCUCUUGCGCCACUACGCUCUCAACACUUGGCUCUUCGCCGUCACCGCCUUCUGCGUGGAGUUGUGUCUCAAGGUGCUGGUGUCGCUGACUGUGUACGCCCUGUUUAUGGCGGACGGCCUGUCGGACACGCUGUGGGAGAAACUGGACGACUAUGUGUACUACGUACGCUCUACGGGGAACGUGAUGGAAUUCCUGUUCGGCGUGGUGAUGUUCGGCAACGGCGCCUACACCAUGAUGUUCGAGUCGGGCAGCAAGAUCCGCGCCUGCAUGAUGUGCCUGCACGCCUACUUCAACAUCUACCUGCAGGCGCGCAACGGCUGGAGGACUUUCAUCAACCGCCGCACGGCCGUGCGCAAGAUCCACUCGCUUCCCGAGCUGCGCGGCGAGAACCUGCGCGGUGUCGAGGACGUCUGCGCCAUCUGCUACCAAGACUUUGCCUCCUCGGCGCGGGUCACGCCCUGCCGGCACUACUUUCACGCGCUCUGCCUGCGGAAAUGGCUCUACAUCCAGGACACGUGCCCCAUGUGCCACCAGAGAGUGCACGUGGACGAGCGCGCCAACGACGGGGACGCGCUCUCUAAUAACAACGCCCCGGCGCCGCCGCCCCCGGCUGACGACCCGCCCGCCGAGGCACCUCCGAUUGAUGGGGCGGCGGCCGGAGGCGGGCCCGCGUCGGCGGGCGAUACGGACCGCGAGCCGUUGGAGGACAACGACAGCAUCGAGUACGACGACGACGACUGGGGCGUGCAAAACGGCGGCACGCCCGUCGAGGAGGAGUAUUUGAACGAUGACACGGACACCACCGACGAUUGAUUUCGGCUUUUCCGUUGGACGACGUCGGGGAAUCGUUUGUUUUGCUGCGUUCACUCUGGAAUUAAAUGCUUUGGAUUUAGAUGGAUUUUUGCGGUUUGUUUGGGCCACUUUUUUUUUUUUUUUUUUUUUGCUUCGUCUUUAGUUUUUUUCAGGGUGCAGUUGUCAUUUUUGCCUUUUA